CCCUGCCAUGUGCGCCACUAGCGCCUGCGACCUGGAGGAGAUCCCCCUGGAUGAUGAUGACCCAGACAGCAUGGAAUUCAAAAUCCUGGAGUUCUACGUCAAACACCACGUCUUCAAGAACACCUCUGCUGUCUUCUCACAAAAGCUCCCGAGAACAAGAAGUUUGUCCCAGAGAGGACCGGUGAGUUGGUCGGCAAACGAAGCAUGGACACAGGGACCGUGGACUUGCAGAAAUUCCCAAUCCAGGGAGGAGGCCAUAAACGUUGGCAAGAAAAAGUCGUCUUGGAGAACACUCUUUGGAGUAGCAGGGAAGGAGGAGGGCUCUCAGAGCUCGCGUCCGGAGAUCCGUUUACAGGGGCAAAGUACGGUGGGACCUCAGAGUGGUCCUCACGGUCUGCCAUGGCCGAGGUCCCUCUCCAACGUGGAACAGCGCUUACAGCGUGAAGCCGUGGACCCCAAAGUUGUUUCCAUUGCCAACCGAGUUGCAGAAAUCGUUUAUUCCUGGCCGCCGCCUGAAGAGCUCCACAGCCAGGGAGGAAGCUUCAAGUCCAGAACGAGUGUGGCACGCCAGGGUCUCCAGCACCAGGGCUUCCAGCCUGGAGCUGCAAGUGGGAAGAGAGACGGAGAAGACCAAAUAAUAGCGAGAAUCGUUGAGCUGCUGAAAUAUUCGGGGGAUCAGUUGGAACGAGAGUUCAAGAGAGACAAGGCUUUGAUGAACGGCUUCCAGGACGGGCUGUCCUACCCUGUUUUCAAGACCAUCACAGACCAGUUCCUAAGGGGUGUGGACACCAGGGGAGAAUCAGAGGUCAAAGCUCGGGGCUUUAAGGCUGCUCUUGCAAUAGACGUCACGGCCAAGCUCACAGGCAUUGACAGCCAUCCCAUGAACAGGGUGCUGGGCUUUGGAACCAAGUACCUGAAGGAGAACUUCUCACCCUGGGUCCAGCAGCACGGUGGCUGGGAAAAAGUACUUGGGAUAUCACAAGAAGAAGUAGACUGA